AUGUUCAACAAGGCGUCUCUCCUUCUUACCAUCACCCUCGCUGUGUCAGCCUUCGCAGGUCCAACCCGCGAGCCAAACCCGUCCAAGCGGGAAUCGGAUGGCGUCGCCAUUCCAAUGGCGAAGCGCGCUGGGCUGACUACUUCUGCUGGAGUAUUCGACCACGACAGGGCCAUUGCAGCCACCGUCCUCACAGCUAACAAACACCGGAACAACUUAUUGUCUUUGAAAGAGAACAAGGGUAUCGCCGCCUUCAAUGCGGGUGCGGAAAUUAAAGAGCUCCGGAAAACGCCGCUUGAUGUUGAGGCGCGUAUGCAACAGCGCGCUGUUAAGCGCCAGUCUGAGAAGCUCACCGAUGAGGAGAACGACCUCGAGUGGGCUGGCUCGAUCUCUAUUGGCACACCUGCCCAGAAAUUCCUCAUCGACUUCGACACUGGCUCGUCCGACCUUUGGGUGCCAUCUAGUUCUUGCACAAGCUCCACGUGCAAAAAGAAGAGCCGCUAUGCUGUAUCCAAGUCUUCCUCCAGCGCCAAGAAGUCGGGCUCCUUCUCUAUCCAAUAUGGCGAUGGUUCCACCGUCAGCGGGGGCGUCUACACUGACACAGUUGCUGUUGCGGGCAUUAAAGCGAGCAAGCAAUACUUCUCGCCUGUGACCACCCUCAGCUCCAGCUUCGACGACGACCCUAUUGACGGUAUUCUGGGUCUGGCUUUCCCUGCCAUCUCGAACCUGAAGCACGACCCCUUCUUCUACACUGCAGUCAGCAACGGCAACGUCAAGACCCAACAGUUCAGCUUCUACCUCGCGCAAACGGGCUCAGAGCUGUACAUUGGUGGGACCAAUUCGAAGCUGUUCACUGGCGCAAUUGAGUUCCACUCCGUCGAUGCGUCCGGUGGAUUCUGGCAGGCCACGAACGGCAAGGUCAAAAUUGGCACCUCGACCGUUGUCUCUGGUAUCCAAACCAUUAUUGACUCUGGCACCACCCUUGCGUAUGGGCCUCCCGAUGCCGUCAAGAAGAUCUUUGCAAGUGUAAAGGGAUCUAAACUCUUCGACGCUUCCAAUGGCUUUUACUCGUAUCCAUGCAACUCCCCACCUCAGAUCUCCUUCAACUGGGGAGGCAAAGACUGGACAAUUUCUUCCGCUAACAUCAACCUUGGCCAGACCAAAGCCGGGUCAAGCGACUGUGUUGCGUCGCUUGCCGCGCAGGAUCUUGGGUUGGGCAACGGAGUGUGGCUGCUGGGCGAUGCCUUCAUGAAGAACGUCUACUCUGUUUUCGAUGUGAAGCAGAAGGCAGUUGGGUUCGCCAAGCUUGCAUAA